GCUGCGUGCAGAAGGGAACUUACGCUCAUCUUCAUAUCUGACUGCAUCUUUGUAUCAAUUUUGUAGCGAAGAACGGAUCCGAGUUUUUUUCUGUUCCUCUUUGGAAAUGAAGGACAUAUUCACUCCAGACUGAAAAGGCGCACUAUUUAUAACUUUAUAGCUGUUAAAAUAAUCAGUUACAGGUAGAACUUUUACUGCUUUUUUGCUUCAUUUUGCAACUUACACCGGAGUUUUGACAUCAAUACAAUGGCCGAUAACAAGCACCCGCACGUUAUUUUCUGCAACGACUCGCCCAAAAGAGUUUUGGUGUCCGUCAUCAAGACCACCCCGAUUAAACCGAGGGCAGCGGAGGCCCUGACGCCGACAAGCCCCGGUUUCAGCGACUUCAUGGUGUACCCGUGGAAAUGGGGGGAGAACGCCCACAAUGUGACUCUGAGCCCGGGCUCAGGGAGCGGGGCUUCGUCGCCUACCGGGACCCAGACGGCCAGGGAAGCGGAUACGGCCCCUUCACCUGACCAGAUCAGGGAUGGUAUCCGCAGGGGGCGUCCACGGGCUGACACCGUCCGGGAGCUCAUCAGCGAGGGGGAGACUUCGUCUAGCCGCAUUCGCUGUAACAUUUGCAACCGAGUGUUUCCCCGAGAGAAGUCUCUUCAGGCUCAUAAGAGGACACACACAGGAGAGAGGCCCUAUCUGUGUGACUACCCAAACUGUGGGAAGGCAUUUGUCCAGAGCGGUCAGCUGAAGACGCACCAGCGGCUGCACACUGGAGAGAAACCCUUCGUCUGCUCGGAGAAAGGAUGUGGCAAUCGGUUCACACAUGCCAACCGUCACUGUCCCAAGCAUCCUUUCUCCCGCCUGAAGAGAGAGGAACCAAAGGAAGGCCAGGGCAAGGCCCAGUCUGUGGAUAACAAGGCUGUGGCAGAGUGGCUGGCAAAGUACUGGCAAACCCGUGAGCAGCGUGCCCCAACAACCACCAAGGUGAAACCACAGGGCAAGGCAAGAGCAGAGGACCAGGAGCAGCAGGAUCCCAUGGAGUUCCUCCAGUCCGAUGAAGAGAACGGAGAAGAGGAAGAGGCUGCAGAGGAGGAGAAAGGCAGCCAGGGAGGAGGUGCCGCCAAGCGCCGCCUACAGGAGCAGCGAGAGCGUCUCCAUGGUGCGCUGGCACUCAUUGAGCUGGCCAACAACCUGUCUGCCUGAACACCCACUUCCUGAUCCUGGACUCCCAUUCCCCUGGCCCUCAUACCUCCAUUCCCAAUCCGCCUUCCUGCAGUAUGUGCUGUAGCUAGAGAUUGUUCAUAAAUGCAGAUCGGCGACUAGUUUAGUUUGUUCUAUAAAGUUGUAAAACCAGACUUUGAGAAAGAGCUGAAUUGGCCUGAGAUCAGUGUUAUGCACAAGCAUCAUCUAUUCCCCCCUCACAGCACCAGGAAGGCACAAGCUAAAGCACCUUAUUCAGCUUCCAUUUUAUCCUUUUAGGCUGCUAUAAUUGUAGAUUUGACAAUAUGAAGAAUGUUUUUCUUUCUCCUGCCUUCUAAAGGCAAAGGAAGAGUACCUAUUAUGUUUUAAUUUGUCGUGUUUGCACUUUGACGGUAACGAGUUUAAGUAUUUUGUGAGUGUAACAGAGUGUGUAUGACUGAUGUAUGUAUUGAUUAAGCUCGGAUGGACAGAAUGAUACAGGGUGUGGUCAAACAUACAGUAGGAAAUGUCAAGUUGCAUUCCGACUGUCAGAUGGCCUCUUAUCAUGCUCCCAGGUUUCAGCUCCAGCAUUGUAAGCACAAUUUCACCGCCACUAAUGACAGUAGUGGUGGUAGAAAUAGACUGAGAAGGGAUCAUUUUAUCCUCACUUAUGAAGCACUCUCCAAGGAGUGUGCAUAGGUGGACGAAAAGGAGAAGACAAGUCAUGGGAGCUAGAUCAGUCUGGCAUGUAACAUGGUCAUUUUUUUUAUAUGGGAAUGAGAGGUGAUCAUUGCAAGCCUAAUCCAGAGGUCUGGUUAGGAACAAGACUUUUAAAAAAUCCAAACUUUGACAGCUUUUCUCAUCAUAUACACACAAUUAUAUCCACAUGACAUUACCAGAGGUGUGCAGGAGAAGUCCACCUUGAGCUGACUAUGCUGCCUUCUGGAUUUGGUUAAGUUUUAUUACUAAAUAUUACAACUAACUACUAUCCUGCAAUAGUUAAAAAAAAAGGUCCAGAGUACCAUUUACGAUGUGCCAUAUUUCCAUUUUCAACCAUAGUUUUCCUCAUAGAUACAAGAAACGUGAGUGUUUUCCAACCAGACAGGAGAUUUUUUUUAUUAUUAUUAUUCGUUUUUUCAAUGGAUGAUGUCGGUCACCUUUUAUAUUAAAAGGUGCCGGACCUGUUGUGAUACAUGCAUUGCGUCAUCUCACUUAUGUGAUAUUUAUUUUUAUUAACAUGUUGUUCAACUGUUCGAGAGCCCUGGAAUCAUUUGAUAUGUGUAAAGAAAUAUUCUGGCAUCACGUUUUAAUAACAUAUAAAGUCCAUUUAGAAUAUGCCACAAAUUUAAAUGUCCCGUUGAUUUUGAUUAAGCACUUACAGCCCCGAUUAAGUCUUGGAUUAAGCUUGCAAUGCACUGGAGAUUAAAUUUGUCAUGUGUCCAGGAAAGUGGCACCCGAUUUUCAGAAACUGAUUUGUGUAGUGCUGGCUGUUUUGGGCUUUUUUUUUCCUUCCUCUUCUGUUUUUUUUAAUAACAAACACUACAUCCUUCAACACUGUAUGAAGCCUCUCAUAAUUGCCCCGCCUCUGGUUGUUUUGGAGAAACCUGCACCAGCAACAUGUCACUCUGUCACUCUGGCUGUGAUGUUUGAAUCUGUUCGAUUUUACAAAUUACCCUUGUGGAGUUACGGUGAAACUGGAAGGCAAGUGAAUUGUUGAUAAUCAGAACACCAAAUGAUUUAUUGUACCCAAUUAUAGUAUAUUUUGGAGCAUUUCUAACCCUUAGUCUAUUUUGUGGUUUGAGAAGAGUAUGGCAUUUAAUAUAUAAAGAUUGUGUUUGUUAGAAUAUUGAGUGUGCACAAUUUGUGGAGAUUGAAUUUUAGUUUCAGUUUUCCCCUCUGCUAACAUCCAACAGUUUUCAUGUUUGUUACAUGUAUAGAGCUUGCUUGGUAGACAUUUUAUUACACAUUUCAAAGGUAAGAUUUCUCUUACAGCCUGUCCACACUGUUAUAUAAUUGUUGGUCUUCAAUAAACAUUCACUGAACCUGA